GGCAUCCCAGAGAUGGUCCAAAGUGAUUCCUCAGGGAAGAAUAGAGCGCAAAUCACCCGAGCAGGAGCUGACGAGGAUCGGAGCCGCCGUUGCCCAGGACUGCCUCUUAAUUGCGCGUAAUCUUCCGUUUCAUUCAUCUGAGCAGAGGAGAAUACUUUGUAAAUAAAGAAACCGAGCGAAGGAAGGUGAAACGUGUUUCAUCUCCUCGGUUUUCUUUCUCGCUGUGGACUGUUUGUUGCAGAAACUGACAUUUUGCUUGUUUUUUGUCAGCUGCACCUUGAUCCGGGGGACUGUCGCCAACUCAGUGCAGCCUCUCAUCCUGCGCUUCCCCUUUCAUCGCUCUCACGUUGUUCAUCUUCAUAGCUGCAGCUUCCCCCUCUUCUUCUUCUGCUGGAGUCGCUGACAUGAGGUGCAGCUAACCCUGGAUGCUGACAGCUCCCCUUUUUCCUUCCACAUGUCGCAUCUUUUGUUUACUUUGAGAAACACACGCGCAACUAAACGCCAAGUGAAAUAGACCACGCCACUUUGCUCCUCUGACAGCGCGAUCAAACAGACGCAAGAGGAGGGGAGGCAGGGAGAAAAAAAAGGAGGGAGCCAAGGAGAGGAGGAUAGAGAGAGAGGAGAGAGAGUGAGAGAGAGAUAGCGACAGUGUGAAGGUGCGUUUUGAUGUUUGGCAUCCACGAGAGCAUCCAGAGGAGUGGGAGUAGUAUGAAAGAAGAGCCCAUGGUGGCCGGGAUGAACGCGGUUCGGACAUGGAUGCAGGGCGCCGGAGUGCUGGACGCCAACACAGCCGCCCAGAGCGGAGUGGGUCUUGCUCGGGCACACUUCGAGAAACAGCCGCCCUCCAACCUUCGCAAGUCCAACUUCUUCCACUUCGUGCUGGCUUUAUACGACAGACAGGGUCAGCCGGUGGAAAUAGAGAGAACCACCUUCGUCGACUUUGUGGAAAAAGAAAAGGAAACGACGGGGGAAAAGACCAACAAUGGGAUCCAUUAUAGACUUCAGCUCCUCUACAGUAACGGGAUCAGGACAGAGCAGGACUUGUAUGUUCGUCUUAUUGACUCUAUGACUAAACAGGCGAUUGUCUAUGAGGGCCAGGAUAAAAACCCAGAGAUGUGUCGGGUCCUGUUGACCCACGAGAUCAUGUGCAGUCGAUGCUGUGAUAAGAAGAGUUGUGGCAACAGGAACGAGACCCCAUCAGACCCUGUCAUCAUCGACAGGUUCUUCCUUAAGUUCUUCCUGAAGUGCAACCAGAACUGCCUGAAGAAUGCAGGGAACCCUCGAGACAUGAGGCGUUUUCAGGUGGUUGUGUCGACUACGGUGAGCGUGGAGGGUCAUGUCCUGGCUGUCUCCGACAACAUGUUUGUGCACAACAACUCCAAACACGGGCGCCGAGCUCGAAGACUGGACCCCUCGGAAGGAACACCGUCCUACCUGGAACACGCAACCCCCAGCAUCAAAGCCAUCAGCCCCAGUGAAGGCUGGACCACAGGGGGCGCUACCGUCAUCAUCAUCGGGGACAACUUCUUUGACGGCCUGCAGGUCAUCUUUGGAACCAUGCUUGUCUGGAGUGAGCUGAUCACCCCCCAUGCCAUUCGUGUGCAAACUCCACCCAGACACAUCCCAGGGGUGGUGGAGGUCACGCUGUCCUACAAAUCCAAACAGUUCUGCAAAGGCACACCUGGGCGCUUCAUCUAUACAGCGCUGAACGAGCCAACCAUAGACUACGGUUUCCAGAGGUUACAGAAGGUCAUCCCCAGACAUCCCGGAGACCAAGAGAGAUUACCCAAGGAGGUGAUUUUAAAGAGAGCCGCAGACCUAGUAGAGGCUUUGUACGGGAUGCCUCACAAUAACCAGGAGAUGAUUCUGAAACGAGCAGCAGAUAUCGCAGAGGCCCUCUACACAACAGUGCCACGAGGGCACAACCAGCUAGCCAGUCUUGGCAGUGGCUCCGUCCAUGCUGGCAUGAUGUCCGUAAACUCCUUCACUGGGUCAGAGGUGGCGCAAACAGCCAAUCAGGGUUUCAAUAGGAAUACAAGCAGUGUGUCCCCUCAUGGUUAUGUCCCCAGCUCCACUCCCCAGCAGAGUAGCUACAGCUCUGUCUCCACUAGCAUGAAUGGCUACGCUAACUCUGGCAUGGCAACCUUGGGCACCUCUCCCAACUUCCUCAAUGGAUCUGCAGGCAACUCGCCCUAUGCUAUCGUCCCAUCAAGCCCCACCAUGGCCUCGUCGACCAGCCUGCCCUCCAACUGCAGCAGCUCUUCUGGCAUCUUCUCCUUUUCUCCAGCCAACAUGGUGUCCGCUGCCGUCAAACAGAAGAGCGCUUUUGCCCCAGUCGUGCGACCCCAGAACUCCCCUCCGCCCACAUGUACCAGCGCUAAUGUUAACAGCCUGCAAGAUCAGUCUUUUGUGGACUCUAGCAAGUACUCAUCAGCCAACGCUCUGCAGGGCCUGGCCUUCUCCUGAACGAUUCCCGGGAUGAUCGUUCCACCCAUGUAGAGGAUCUGGGAUAGCUGGAGAUUUGGGAAUGUUGAGAGGAAAAGACACAGUAGCAGAGUCUGGCGAGUCUCUGUUAUGCUCUGGAGCUGAACUGAAGGAAGUCAAGAUAAGACGCAGGACUCUGUUAAACUCAGGCCUUUCCAUUGGGAUUUCAUCUGAAGGGAUAGGGGAGGAGAAAAAAGGGACAAUACGAACCUUUGUGAUGUUAUUUCCCUCUUGGUUGAAUUAGUGUAGCUUCUCUGACACCGCGUUGGAUGGAGUGUAUAGAGACUGAUAGUUUACCCACAGUGUGACACUGACCUCAUAAAAAGAGCAUUUAUUUAUCUUUGUGUUUAUGCCUGUAAGGUUUGGGUUUGAUUACUGGAGGCCCCACGCCGUCUUGCAAUCCAUAACUCGUACAAACAACAGUGAAGUGUUGGUUUGGCCAUGAAGUUUACGUAACCUCUGUCACAAUAGAAGAUGCUUUCCUUAGCUCAGCCUGCUUUGCUAAAACCACAUAACAACACACUGGCCAAAUGGAACUAAGGUCAUCGACACAAAAAAACAAAGAAAUACAGAAAAGAACAAAAUCAACCUUCAAUUUUGCUGCUAAUGUCCCAUAAAUCUAAAAGUGGUAUAACAAAAUCGGCCUCUGCUAAUUCAACAUCAGAAAACAUGCCUUUCUUUUUUUUCUGUUUGGUUUGUUUGUUUGAAUUUUAAUAAAACUGUGAGGAUUGAGCUGUUUGCAAUAUGCUUUUCUGCUUGUCAUGUGAAGAAAAGGUGGUAAUUUAGCCAAAAUUGACAUUUUGUCGGAGAUUUUAGAGAAGACUUGAAAAGCCAGAGGAUGUGUGCGUCCAGCCAGCACUGUACUGAAGGAGUCUAGCAAAUAUCUAAUUAGAAUAAAUGCGUGAUAUAUGUGAUAUAUUUUUGUAUAUAAAAAAAUGUUGAAUUUUUCAUUUGACAUUUCUUUUCUUUUUGCGAUAGCUAUAGUUUGAAAUGUAAACAUUAAAUGUCUUAAGGCAGCUUCUCAGUACAGAAGAUAGAUUUACUGUGUGUUGUCAAUAUCUCAUCUGCUAAACAUGAGAAACAUGGAUUUGGAUACAAAAAGGGGAUUCCUGUAAAAUAUCCUAUAAAUAAUGUAUUUAUCCCUUGUAUUUGUACAUUGCCUCUCACUUUCGUUUAGUUGUGUUGUGUAAGUUUAAUACAGUAAGUGAACAUAUUUCACAGUGUUUUGUUUCAUUAUUUACUGUUGUCUCUCACUAUUUAAAUGUGACUUUUUUAUCUUUUUUGUUUUGUAUGUUGAUUGUUUUGCAUUGGUAUACCAUGCUUUCAUUUGUUGAUUCAAAAACAUGCCAUUGUCUAUUUUUGUAUUAUUUGUAAGUUAAUAAAAAAAUUCAGUUUUUUU